UCAGACGACAGCGCGCACUUUUGUAAAGUUUCUGUAAAAAUUCACGAAAAAAUCCUAGAUGGAAGAUCCAGAAAAGGAUGGGAAGGUUCCAUUGUAUGAAAAUGUGAACAAGGAACGUUUUCUGAGAGAAAUAUAUCCAAAGAGAGUGCCGGCUAUAUUACGUGGAGUGGAUAUCGGUCCCUGUAUAGACCUCUGGACGACAGACUACCUCUGUCAGAAGGGUGGAAACAGACAAGUCAAAAUCCACGUCUGUCCCACUGCACAAAUGGACUUCAUCAACAAAAACUUUGCUUACAGAACACUGCCAUUUGAUGAGUUUGUGAGAAGAGCUGCAGAGGAGAAACACACAGAUUUCUUCCAUUCACAGGAUGAAAAAUAUUAUCUACGCUCUUUGGGAGAAGACCCAAGAAAGGAUGUAGCAGAUAUCAGGACACAGUUUCCUGAAUUGGCUGAUGACAUCAUCUUCCCAGAGUUCUUUGCUCCCUCGCAGUUCUUCUCCAGUGUGUUCAGAAUAGGCUCUCCCAGUGUGCAGCUUUGGACACAUUAUGAUAUUAUGGACAACCUUCUCAUCCAGGUGAGUGGACGGAAGAGAGUCGUGCUGUUCAGCCCACGAGACGCCACGCACCUGUACCUGACAGGAGAUAAGUCUGCUGUCCUUGACCUUGAAAACCCAGACCUUGAGAGAUUUCCUCAGUUCUCCCAGGCGAGACCCUACACCUGCACUCUUCAGCCAGGAGACAUCCUUUUUCUACCAGCAUUAUGGUUCCACAAUGUAGUCUCUCUUGAUUUUGGUGUGGCAGUCAACAUCUUUUGGAGACAUCUAGAUCCUGGUUUCUAUGACAACAAGGAUCCCUAUGGCAACAAGGACUUAUUAUCGGGUCAAAGGGCAUUACAAAUACUGGACAGAGCCCUAAAAACUUUGGAAGAACUCCCUGUUGAGUAUAGGGACUUUUACGGGCGUAGGAUGGUGUCCAAAAUACAACAGACAGUACUAGAUAAAGAAUUACCAUGAUGGUAAAAUUAAAGACUGAUUUAGAUGAAAAGAAGUACAGCAUGUCAAUGUUGUAUUUGAGGGAUUUUUCCAUGAUGGUUAACAACACUGUUGGAAUGCAUUGAAUUAUGAUAUACAGUGUAUAAAAUUUACAGCCAAGCUUUUGCUUUGUAUGCAAUAUGUCCAUCUGCCCAUGCAACACAUUGAUGUUAUAAACAAUCCAAUGGGCAAAGAUUAUAGCAACAAGCUCAAUAUAAUUCUUGCACAGCACAGGCACAACAUGUAAAGGACACAAAGUGCAUGCAUGUGCUGCAUACUGUAUGAUGCAUGCAUUAAAGUCCAGUUGUAAGAACAUCUUAUAUCUAAUCCUGAUUCACUCUUAAGAGACAGAUGUCUUAGAAUUAAAUCAAAUUGAAUUAAAUCAUUUUAAAGCAAAACAGCAUUUUCCACAAAUAUGACACCCUCACCACACAGUAAAUAAACAUCUGGGAUUUGAUAUGAAAAAAUCUCUUAUACACCUUUGAGUGAUGAUGAUGUGUUGUCUACUUUAAACUUGCCAUAAAUUUGCUGAAUUCAACGCACGUUCUCCAUGCUGGUGGUAUGUGCAUAUGUCAGGUACUGGUGACUCAUGAUUUACUACCUUCCAACAGACUAAUGAAGUUUCUGAUUAAAGCCUACCUCAGCCCUUUUGUCUGCCGAUCACACAGCUGGCUUCCUACAGUGCCCAUAAAUGUAUAUAUUAUCUCUUAAAUAAGACAUGUCUUUGCCAGAAAUAGCUUUUGUUAGUCAUAGCCAGAGCUAAAAAUUGCUCAUCGUGACAAUUU